GUCACCUCUUCUCUGUUCUCUGAGCUGCCGUCAUCGUUGUACGGAGAGCAUGGCCAAACCCUAGAACAAAAUUCCAUAUAUCCCCACUUUCCACAAAUUCAAAUUUUCUCGGGAAAAUUUUGGCCUAGCAUUUUCGUAUUCACAAUCUUUUGAUUGAUAGCCGCGUCAUCAAAUUUUCUCGGGAAAAUUCUCUCUCCCACGCACUGCUUUCUUAUAGUGUUUGAGGUGUUGGGAGAGACAUAGUUUUUAUAUGGCGGAAACGGUGCGGGAAGUGCUCUACGAGACGCGAAAUCACGCUUCCAGACCUUAUUGUUCCAAUUACCCUCCUCAACAGCUAAAUGAAGGUGCCAAAGGGAGUUUUCUGUCAUUGCCUCGAGGUUUGAGUCAGAUUAAAGAGAAAUGGAGUGAUUAUAGGCGUCCAAAAAAAUUGAAGAGAUGGGUAUCCUUGUUUGUCUCCCUGAGGGGUGAACGUGUGGCUGUAGCUGCUGGAAAUCAGAUAACCAUUUUGCAGAAGGAUGAUAACUACCAGGAGCCAUGUGGCAUUUUUACAAGUAACAGCCUUGGGACAUUUAUAUAUGGAGCCUGGUCAGAAUCUCAUGAUGUUCUUGGAGUUUGUGAUGACUCUGAAACUCUAUAUUUUAUCAAAGGAAAUGGUGAAGAGAUGGCAAGAAGUACGAGGGCACAUUUAAAAGUUUCUUCACCGAUAAUAGGCCUGAUUCCGCAGGAUGAUUCUGAUACAAGAGGAUCUUGCUUGUGUAGCUUCAAUCUUCUUACAUCAGAUGGCUUCCUUCAUAAUAUUGAGAUCAGUCAGGAUCCAGCUGUCUCCAUUUCAUCCUUUCGCACCUCGAGUAAUGGCCUGACUUUAAAGAAGCAGUUCCCACAACAUGUUUUCUGCUUGGACUACCAUGUAAAACUUUCUUUGCUUAUCGUGGUUGGUAGUGCCAGUAGCAUAUCAAUCACCUCUAGUGGUACCACUGGAUCCCAUCAUCUUUCUCUUUGGCGUAGAAGUAGUAGCUUAGAUCUGGAACCAGUGUGCUCUACUCAGGUUGAAGGCUUAUAUUCCAAACCAAAAGGUUAUAUCGGUCAGAUAACAUCCUCAAAGGUACUAAUCUCACCACAUGGGAAAUUCGUGGCUACUCUAGAUCUGACAGGAUGCCUGGAUAUUUUUAAGCUGGAUGGAGAAUGCUGUUCCCUUUCAAGUUUUGCUUAUGGAAUGAGAAAUGACUCACAAGAGACAGACAAUUUGUCAAAUGAAGUGGGAAAAUUCUUAAAUGGUAUUGUGGAUUUCACUUGGUGGUCUGAUCAUACCCUUGUACUUGCCAAAAGGAGUGGCACAGUGAUCAUGCUUGACAUUCUUAGUGGUAUAAAACUUCUGGGAAAUGAUCCUGUAUAUUCUAUGCCUGUUUUAGAAAGAGUACAGCAGUUCCAAGGACAAUUUUUUCUCUUAGAGAGCACUUCAUCCGAGGAGAAACACAAUAUAUCUACUCAUGGUGAAACAGGUGAUUUGCAUCAUAUAGAGCUGGUUACAGAAGAUAGACUUAAUCAGGCUGACAUUGCUAGAUUACAAUGGAGCUUGAUAUCAUUUUCAGAGAGAUCUGUUCCUGAAAUGUAUAAUAUUUUAAUUAGCAAUACAAAAUAUCAAGCAGCCUUGGAAUUUGCUGUUCGCCAUGGACUGGAUACAGAUGAAGUUUUAAAGUCACAAUGGUUGCACUCUGGCCAAGGAAUAAAUGAAAUAAACACGCUUUUGUCAAAUAUUAAAGAUCAAGAUUUUGUAUUAUCUGAAUGUGUUAAUAAAGUUGGACCAACGGAAGAUGCUGUGAAGGCUUUACUUGCCUAUGGGCUCCAUCUAACUAGUCGGUAUAGGUUUUCUGAAUCAGAUGAUCAUGGGAAUGGCCAAAUUUGGGAUUUUCGUAAAGUAAGACUACAGUUAUUGCAGUUUAGAGACAGGCUGGAGACAUUUCUUGGGAUAAACAUGGGCAGGUUCUCUGUGCAGGAAUACAACAAAUUUCGCAUUAUGCCUAUCAAUGAAGCUGCUGUUGCACUUGCUGAAAGUGGAAAAAUUGGGGCCUUAAACCUCCUUUUCAAGCGUCAUCCUUAUACACUCACUCCUUCCAUGUUGGAAAUUUUAGCUGCUGUCCCUGAAACAAUUCCAGUUCAAACAUAUGGGCAGCUCCUUCCUGGGAGGUCUCCUCCUACCAGUUUUGCUCUGAGGGAAGAAGAUUGGGUUGAAUGUGAAAAGAUGGUAAGCUUUAUCAACAGACUACCUGAGGAUAAAGACAGCAGCGUUCGCAUCAGAACUGAACCCAUUGUGAGGCAGAUCUUGGGAUUCUCUUGGCCAUCAGCUGAUGAACUUUCUAGUUGGUACAAGAAUAGAGCUAGAGAUAUUGAUACUUUUAGUGGGCAGCUAGACAACUGCCUGUGCUUGAUUGAUUUUGCUUGUCGUAAGGGGAUUGGGGAAUUGCAGCAAUUCUAUGAGGAUAUCACAUACUUGCACCAGCUUAUAUAUUCUGAUGGCAGUGAUUCUGAAAUAAAUUUCACCAUGAAUCUUUGUGCAUGGGAACAGUUAUCUGACUAUGAGAAGUUCAAGAUGAUGCUUAAGGGAGUCAAAGAAGAAAAUGUCGUUGAAAGAUUACGUGAUAAAGCAAUUCCAUUUAUGCAAAAUAGUUUUCAAGAUGUAACGUCACUUUCUGAAGCUCUAGUGGCAGAUAGUCUUUUUUCUGUAGAUUAUAAGAAGGCUGAGUCAUUUCUGGUUAGAUGGCUGAAGGAGGUUGCUUUGGAGAAUAAAUUAGAUAUUUGCUUGAUUGUCAUUGAGGAAGGGUGCAAGGACUUUGAAAGUACAGGCAUUUUCAAGGAUGAGGUUGAAGCUGCAUAUUGUGCUCUGCAGUGCUUAUAUUUGUGCACUGUUACAGAUAGGUGGAGUACAAUGAGUGCCAUUUUAUCAAAGCUUCCACAUGUACAAGAUACUGAAAAAUAUUUCAAGGGCCUUGAGCAAAGACUUAAGCUGGCUGAAGGACAUAUUGAAGCUGGGCGGCUGUUGGCAUAUUACCAGGUUCCAAAGCCAUUAAAUUUCUUUGUAGAGGCACAUUCAGAUGAAAAGGGUGUAAAACAGAUUCUUCGUCUCAUACUUUCAAAAUUUGUUCGUCGACAGCCCAGCCGGUCAGAUAAUGAUUGGGCAAACAUGUGGCGUGAUAUGCAGUACUUGCAAGAAAAAGUAUUUCCUUUUCUGGAUCUAGAGUAUAUGUUGACUGAAUUCUGUAGGGGACUGCUGAAAGCUGGGAAGUUUUCUCUCGCAAGGAAUUAUCUAAAGGGUACUGGUCCAGUUUCUUUGGCAUCAGAGAAGGCAGAAAAUCUAGUCAUUCAAGCUGCAAGAGAGUAUUUUUUCUCAGCUUCAAGUCUCGCUUGCUCCGAAAUCUGGAAGGCUAAGGAAUGUCUGAAGCUCUUUCCAGGUAGUAGAAAUGUCAAAGCAGAGGCUGAUGUAAUUGAUGCUCUCACUGUUAAACUUCCAGAACUAGGAGUCACUCUUUUGCCAAUGCAAUUUAGGCAAAUAAAAGAUCCUAUGGAAAUCAUUAAAAUGGCAAUAACAAGUCAAGCUGGAGCUUAUCUGCAGGUUGAUGAACUCAUUGAAAUUGCCAAACUCCUUGGAUUGAAUUCUCAGGAUGAUGUAUCAGCUGUUGAAGAAGCUAUUGCAAGAGAAGCUGCGGUUGCUGGUGAUCUACAAUUGGCCUUUGAUCUCUGCCUUAGUUUGGCAAAGAAAGGACAUGGUCCCAUUUGGGACUUAUGUGCUGCUAUAGCAAGGGGUCCUGCUCUUGAAAACAUGGAUAUAAAUUCUCGAAAGCAGCUACUAGGUUUUGCCUUGAGUCAUUGUGACGAGGAAUCCAUUGGUGAACUGCUACAUGCAUGGAAAGAUCUAGAUACGCAAGGCCAGUGUGAGACAUUGAUGAUGUCGACAGGGACAAAUCCUCCCAAUUUCUCAAUUCAAGGUUCCUCUGUUAUCUCACUUCCAGUUCACAGUAUUCAAGAUAUUAUUAAUCUAAGAGAUUGCUCUAAACUAGUUGAAGGGGUUGACAAUGUUGAUCAAGAAGAUCAUUUCAAUGACAUAAAAAACAUGCUUUCUGUUGUUGCUAAAGAUUUACCCUUGGAAAAUGGGACUGAUUGGGAAUCUCUUUUGAGAGAGAAUGGAAAAAUUUUGUCUUUUGCUGCAUUGCAGCUUCCAUGGUUGCUUGAAUUGAGUAGGAAGACAGAACAUGGUAAGAAAUAUAUUCCUAGCUCAAUUCCUGGAAAGCAGUACAUAAGUGUGAGAACUGAAGCUAUAUUGAGCAUUCUGUCCUGGUUGGCAAGGAAUGGUUUUGCUCCUAGAGAUGAUCUGAUUGCCUCUCUAGCAAAAUCAAUUAUAGAACCACCUGUUACUGGGGAUGAGGAUCUCAUGGGUUGCUCCUUUCUGCUAAAUCUUGUGGAUGCCUUUAAUGGGAUUGAAAUAAUAGAAGAGCAGCUGAAAACAAGAUUGGAUUAUCAAGAAAUUUCUAGCAUGAUGAAGGUGGGGAUGACAUAUAGUUUAGUACACAGCUCUGGAGUUGAGUGUGAAGGUCCUGCCCAGAGGAGGGAGCUGCUGCUGAGGAAGUUUCAGGAGAAGCACAUGUCACAUAGUUUGGAUGAAAUAGACAAACUUGACAAAGUACAAUCUACUUUUUGGAGAGAAUGGAAACUAAAAUUAGAAGAGCAGAAGCGCUUAGCAGAUCAUUCUAGAGUAUUAGAGAAAAUAAUUCCUGGAGUGGAAACUGCCCGCUUUUUGUCUGGGGAUUUUGCCUACAUUAAGAGUGUUGUUCUCUCACUAAUUGAAUCAGUAAAGUUGGAGAAGAAACAUAUUUUGAAGGAUGUGUUGAAAUUAGCUGAUACAUAUGGCUUGAAUCACACUGAGAUGCUAUUGCGGUUCCUAAACUCUGUCCUUAUUUCUGAGGUUUGGGCUGAAGAUGAUAUCAUAGCUGAAUUUUCAGAAGUUAAGGGUGAAAUGCUUGCUUGUGCUGUUGAAGCUAUCAAGAUCAUUUCCUUGAUUAUCUACCCUGCAAUUGAUGGAAGCAACAAACCACGCCUUGCUUACAUAUAUAGCCUGCUUUCUGAUUGCUACUUGAAGUUGGAAGAAAUCAAACAACCAUUACCAGUUAUACAUUCUGAGCCAGUACAAGCAUCUACUAUUGGGCUAGCUCAUUUUUACAAGGUCGUUGAGCAAGAAUGCAGAAGAGUCUCCUUUAUUAAGAAUCUUAACUUCAAAAAUAUUGCUGUAUUAGGUGGUUUGAACAUCAAAUGCUUCAAAAGUGAAGUUCUCAAUCACAUUGAUGAACAUAGCUUGGAGGCAUUGGCAAAAAUGGUGCAAAACCUUGUCAACAUGUAUACUAACCCGAUGCCUGAGGGUCUCAUAUCAUGGCAGGAUGUAUACAAACACCAUGUUCUGAGCUUGUUGAUGGCUUUGGAGGCUAGAGCUAAAACUGAUAACCAUAUUGAAAACCCUGAAAACCUUCAGAGCUUAAUUAGUGAACUUGAGCAGAACUAUGAUUCUUGCAGACUGUAUAUCAGUCUCUUGGGACAUUCAGAUUCUCUGGACAUUAUGAAGAGGUACUUCACAGUGAUCAUUCCUCUUAAGGGUUAUUCAGAGGGUCUACCUGAUAACUCAACAUGGCAGGACUGCCUCAUUGUGCUUUUAAAUUUCUGGAUCAAACUGACUGAUGAUAUGAUGGAAACUGUGUCCCAUGAAACUUCAAGAGAAAAACUCGAGUUUGAUCCAGAGAGUUUAACGAAGUGUCUCAAGGUUUUCAUAAGGUUGGUGAUGGAGGAGAGUGUCUCCCCCAGUCAGGGCUGGAAUACUGUUCUUGGCUAUGUCAAUUAUGGUCUGGUAGGUGGAUCUGCUGUUGAGGUUUUCUUCUUUUGCAGAGCUAUGGUUUUCUCUGGUUGCAGAUUUGGAGCCAUUGCAGAAGUAUUUUCUGAAGCAGCAUUGAAGCGUCCAUCCAGCUCAACUUUGUUAAUUGACACAGAAGGAAACUUUGAUGGUGUUCAGGAUCUUCCCCAUCUCUAUUUAAAUAUAUUGGACCCCAUUUUACAGAACUUGGUUGCUGAAUCCCAUGAACACCAGAAUUUACAUCGUUUGUUAUCAUCUCUGAGUAAAUUGGAAGGUAAUUUGGAGGACCUGACGAGGGUCAGGCAUGCAGUUUGGGAGAGAAUAGUCAUGUUUUCUGAUAACUUGGAGCUACCAAGUCAUGUUCGAGUUUAUGCUCUAGAGCUUAUGCAAUUCAUCUCAGGUGGAAAUAUCAAAGGCUUUUCUGCUGAGCUGAAAUCUAACAUUCUUCCAUGGGAAGAUUGGCAUGAGUUGCACUUCACAAGUAAAAGCAGCGAGACUACUACCAAUCAAGGACUCCCAGAUCAUGCAGAUACAUCUAGCAGGUUUACGAGUACUUUGGUUGCCCUUAAAUCAUCCCAGCUGGUAGCAGCCAUCUCAUCCAGCAUAGAAAUUACCCCUGAUGAUCUUUUGACUGUGGAUGCUGCAGUUUCAUGCUUCUCAAGAUUGUGUGGAGCUGCCACCACGGAUCCUCAUAUUGAUGCUCUGCUUGCUGUUUUAGGUGAAUGGGAAGGGCUUUUUGUGAUUGAGAGGGACUUUGAAACUUCUCCAGAAGCACAUGAUACAGGAAACAACUGGAGCAGUGAGGAUUGGGAUGAGGGCUGGGAAAGCUUUCAGGAGGAAGAACCGGCUGAGAAGGAAAAGAACAAAGAGAGUUCCUUCUCUGUUCAUCCUUUACAUGCCUGUUGGAUGGAAAUCUUCAAAAAACUCAUUAUGCAAUCUCGAUUCAGCGAUUUGCUAAAACUGAUCGACCGGUCAUUGACAAAAUCAAAUGGAAUGUUGCUUGAUGAAGAUGAUGCCCAGAGCUUGACCCAGACAGUACUUGGGGUGGAUUGCUUUGUUGCUCUGAAGAUGGUGUUGUUACUGCCCUAUGAAGCAAUGCAGCUGCAGUGUGUAAAUUCAGUUGAAGAAAAGCUGAAACAAGGAGGCAUCUCAGACACCAUUGGCAGGGACCAUGAGCUUUUACUCCUUGUAUUAUCAUCCGGGAUCAUAUCAAAUAUCAUCACCCAAUCUUCCUAUGGUACCACCUUCUCUUAUCUCUGCUAUUUGGUUGGAAACUUCUCUCGCCAGUAUCAAGAAGCCCAGUUAUCAAAGCUCAAACAUCAAGAAUCAAACAAUCCCAUUCUGCUUCUCUUCAGAAGAACUCUCUUCCCUUGUUUCAUUUCAGAGCUUGUCAAGGCAGACCAGUCGAUUCUAGCAGGCCUGUUCCUCACAAAAUUCAUGCACACAAAUGCUGCCCUCAGUCUCAUCAACAUCGCCGAUUCCAGUCUUAGCAGGUACUUGGAAAGGGAGCUCCAAGCCUUGCAGGGUAAGGAGUUCGAUCCCCAAGAGACUGGUUCCUGUGACACGUUGGGAAAUACUGUUUCCAGCUUGAGAGGGAAAUUGCGAAAUUCCAUCGAAUCUGCAUUAGCAUCCCUUUCCAGCAAUGUUAGGUAGAAGGUUUUUCUUGGAAGUUGGUUUGAACAUGGAAUUACACUGCUAUUUUAGGGUUUGUAUACACUGUCCUACAGAUUUGGACAAUUCUUUUGUCCAUUUUUUUUUUUUUCUAAAUUCAGGAGAGGUUGUUGGAGGGUGUUUGAGUUCUAAGAAUUUAUAGGUUUUGAGUUUGUACACUAAAUAUGGAUUCUUUUUCUUUCACCCAGAAGAAUACAUUUGCAUUACAAUUUACAGUUGGUGCA